UCAAACGAAUCCAAACCCCACUCAGUUCGAUUCACUAAAGUGACUCGCAAUGGCUGAUUCACAAUAAACGACUCGUUUAAAAAGAACCGAUUCUUUUAGAGAAUCACCGUUCACCGGUAACCCACAGGAAGUGAUGGAGUAUUUGUUCUCCUCACGCGCCCCGUGUUGUUCUCCUCCUGCUGGAGUACAGGUUAGAGUGGAGUGGUGACGGACUCGGUACCGGAUCUCUCUCUGUCUCUCUCUCUCUCUGUCUCUCUCUCUCUCUCUCUCUCUGAAGAUGAGUUUACAGGCGCUGCACGAGCCGCUCGGGAGGAUCGCCUCUGAGCCGGUCGAGGAUGUCGAUCCCAGCAGCUUCAUUACAGACACGUCUCGCUCUCUGAAGUCCAACUACCCCGUUCAAGUCACUGAUCCAGACGAUAACGUGACUCUACAGCUGAGCUCAGUGCCUCCGGGAUACCUCACACCUCCCAUGGACCGAAUACAGCAGCCUGUUGAAAAUGACGCGAGUGCAUUUAUCUGUCCAGGAUCCAUUACUCCAGAGUUCACCCAAGAUCUCCAGUGCUUGUCAAGCUCCUGCGAGAAGUGCCUCUGCUCCAUUCCACCUCCCAAAAUCAGCGACCUUCUGGACGAUGAGGACCUUCUCUACACGCUGAGAUUGAAGCUCGACCCUGCACACUACACCGUCAAGAACUGGAAGAACUUUGCCAGUCGCUGGGGCAUGAGCUACGACGAGCUGAUGAUGCUCGAGCAGCGGACGCACGGCUCGACCUCCCACAGUCCCACUCAGGAGUUCCUGUUCCGCUACAGCCAGAAACCGGUGACGGAACUCACCAAGCUCUGCCAGUUCUACCAGCGUAUUGAUGUACUGCGGCUUCUUCAGCAGUGGGUGGAAAACGACUGGCCCUCACGGUGGAAGAGACUACAUUAGCAAAAUAUAUAUAUAUACGGACAGCUAAUAAAAGAGGGACACGAGGCUUGUGCUUUUUAGAGCCAGAGUGGAAGAUGGUAGGCAUGCAUGUGGUCCAUACGUGCUGCUGGAUUCUGCUGUUUUUGGACUUUCUGGAGUAUCUCUAUUACACAACCUGAUUUUAUAUUUCUUUUUGAAAGCUUACGAGUUUUGUCGAGCCUGAGAACGGAUAGUGAACUGGUUUAAUUCGUUUGAACCGGACGAUGCAGCAAAUGAACACCUGUGGCCGUGGUGAUGUUUAUCAGUAAAUCAGUGACUGUAAAUAAUAAUUAAAACGCGUAAUGAUAAACACAUACAGCGUAAAACAUGCUGACUCAACCUCCUCUUACAACAAGAAGAGUUUUUACGGAUUGAACACCGAUCACUGAGAAACCCC